AUGUCAUGGCUCGGUGGAAGUAUUUCGACGAUAACUGGUCAGUUGUCCAACUUUACCAAAGAUAUAUUGACGGAGGGCACGGAAGAAGUUAGUGAUCAUGCUACUGAAUUGCAUCUUGCACAAGGAAAAAUCCGAGAAUUAGAAGCUGUGGUUGCAGCACAGAAAUCUGAAAAUGAUUGGCUUAAGCGACUCAAUAAAGAGUUUGAAGAGAGAGCAGAAAGUUCAGAACUGCAAAUUAACUCAAUAUCCAGAGAAUAUCGAGGAGUCUUGGAAGAAAAGGAGAAAGAAAACCAGUCUUUGAGACAAAAGCAUCAUGAACUUGAAGAAAUUCAUGUCAAAUCAAUUGUGUCAAAAGAAAAAGAAGAGACAACAGAAGCUCCAGUGUACUACAGUUCUUCACACAGAGAAUCUGGUUGUACUGAUGAACUGGAUUUUGGUGAAAAUAUAAGUCUUCAGUAUGAAGUGAAUCAGUUACGAAGUCAGGUUCAUAGACUGCAAUCAGAAUGUCAGCAUUGGAAAGCAGUUGCUUCACAGAUGGGCUCCGAGGGAAAUGAAUCUUCUCAAUUGCUGGCAAAUAUUGCUGAAUUACAAACUUGUAAUAAUGAAUUGCAGCAACAGUUACAAAAAGAGAAAGAAAGUCGGCAAGAUGAAGUGGCGGCAUUGCAAAAUAUGUUUUCUCAGAAAAUUGCUCUGCUUAAGAAAGCCCAAAAAGAAGAAUUACAUGCUGACAAUAUUGACCCUGUUGAUCAGCAUGAGAAAUCACCUGACAAUAAGUUUCAGUUGAAAUUGGAAGCAUCAGAGAAAGAAAUUUCCAAGCUUCAAGAAAGGGUAUCUCAUCUUGAAAAAGAGCUUGAGCAAUCUGAAGAAGCAAUGUCAGAAUUAGCCAAAACACUUGCAAAGGCUGACUUAGAAAUAGAGAAAUUGACACAGGAAACUCAAGAAGUGGAGGAAUUGAGGCAAUUUAAAAUGAAACAUGAAGCAACAAUUAAAGAACUUGCCACUAGUUCCACUGUUGUCUCUCCACAAGAUGAUCUAAUGCAGAAUUUAGAAGAAAAUGUUGAACAUAAAACUGAACUGCCACAAUUAAGUGCCUCCAAUUUGCAGAAUGCUGUAAACCAAAUAAAUAGUAAACAAUGCACUCCUUCAAAGACUCAACUUUUAGAUCAGCAACUAUCUACGUUACAGAAACAAGUAGAGAAAUAUGAGCAAGAAAUUGAACAGUUUGAAUAUAUGAAAUCUGACUGGCAAACUGAAAAGGAAGCAUUAGAAGAAGUUUUGUUGGGAUUAAGAAAUCAACUGAAGGAAAAAGAAACAUCUUUGAAUGUUGUGCAAGCUCAAAGGGGUCUUGCCGAAGUUGAAGAACAAGAAAUUGAUGACAACAUGUCAUUUGAAACGGCCGAAUAUCUGCUUGAUAAAGCUGCAGCAAGUAUGUAUCCACUUAAGAUGGCUUAUCGUCACGACUCUCGCUCCUUGCUCAAUGAUGAUGAAGAUGAUGACGAUGAUGACAGUGACAUGAGUGUUGAUAUUGAAAAGUUUGACCGUCAAGUGGCUCUGCUUACCCAAGCUAAUGCUGAUUUAGAAAGGGAACGAGAAUACCUGCUUCACGAAAAGCAUAUUGCUAAUGAUGAAAUCAGUUAUUUCAAGGGCAGAUUAUCAACUUUAGAAGACAAAUAUACUGAGAAAAGUAAAAAUGAAAAGAUGCUAAAAGAAAAGUUAAAGGAAACUGAAACUUUACUUGGAGAAAAAGAAACUGAAAUUGAAAGAUUGACUGUCGAGAAAUUGGAUGUCCAAAACAGCCUUGAAGAAUUGGAUGCACAACACCAGGAAGUUGACAUUCAGUUAAUUGAAAUUCGGAAUGAGCUCAACAAAAAAAAGCAACAAGGGAAAGAAAGUCAGAUUGAUGUAUUGAUUAAGGAAUCAGAAGUUAUCCGUCAGCAAGCCUUACAGUUUCAACAAGAAAGGGACCAAAUUAUUCUUUCUCUUAAACAGGUUCAAGCUGAAAAAGAAGAAAUGAUGAAAGAGUUGCAUAAGUUGAGAGAAAAAGAUGUAAAACAAACAAGAGAACUUGAAAGAUUACGAAUGCAUCUUUUGCAGAUUGAAGAAGGAUACACCAAAGAAGCCUUAGAAUCAGAGGAACGUGAAAAAGAUUUGCGUAAUAAACUUGCAGCAGCAGAAGAAAAAGCUUUCACUGCAACGGCUGCUGUGGAAACUGCAAGCCAAGAAACCAAUUAUCAGGUAGAAAAUUUGAAUCAACAGUUACAUGUGAUAGCUUCUCAGAGAGACAACGCUUAUCUUCAGCUUGGCACUUUACAGGAACAAUGUAAGCAAUAUGCCACUUCACUUAUGAAUCUUCAGAUUGUCUUGGAACAAUUUCAAGCUGAGAAAGAGACUCAGAUGACUGCUGAAAAAGAAAAAAAUGAAGCUGAACAAAAGCGACUAAAUAAAAUUAUUGAAGACAUCCAGUCAGAAUUGGAAAUCACUAAGGAAAAACUUCUGGAUACUGAAGAGGGCCUCUUAGCUGCAGAAAGGCUGAGUGAGCAAAUUGAUUUCAAGGAAAAUAUAAUCCAGCAAUUAAAAGCUGAAGUGCAGGAAAAAGAAGGCUUUCUUAAGUCAGCUGAUGAAGAAAUACAUCGCUUAACCUUUGAUUCUGAGGCUUUUGUUGAAAAAGUGAUCAUGAAAAAUCUUCUUCUUGGUUAUCUGACAACCCCACAAAACAAACAAAAUGAUGUACUAAGACUCAUUGGUGCUGUACUGGAGUUUAGUGAAGAGGAUUUUUUCAAGGCUGAAAAGUUACAUCAGAAGAGUUGGAUGCAAAGCUUUUUCCGACUUGGACCAACUGUAACAUCAACACCCUCUGCCUCUCCAGUUACAACACCUUCAAGGUUCAACAAGAGCUUUUCAGAACUGUUUGUAAAGUUUUUAGAACGAGAAUCAUCGCCACCUUUGCCUGCUUUGAAGAUGAAUACAGAUGAAGUGGAUCAAGAAUCUCCUAACAAAAAUAAAACAAGCAAAAAACUUCCCUCAAAUUUUAAUCCUUUUACGGCUCCACGUCAUGUAGCCCUUCCUGUCUCGGUUGAUGAUCAUUUGUCUACACAAGGACAACAUCUUUUAAUGGCUCCAAUGGCUCCUGGUUUUCCUGUACUUUCACCAGUAACUUCAGAUUCUCAGUCCAGCAAGAAACAUUCAAAUUUAUCCUCAGCUAUUUUGAAUGAUGUGCUCAAAAACAAAACGUGA